UGGCCCGUUUGUUCCAGUUUAAACGUUGCCGCGCAGCUGUUAAUAACAGGCUGGCUAUUGCUAACAACAAAGAACGGAUCGUAACAUUUUUUUUCAGGUUUAUUUUUCUUUUGGUAUUUCUUAUUAUUGAUUUUAUGAGCUGUUUGAAGCAUCUGGUAAUCUCUGAGAUGUUUUUCUGGCCUUCUGUUUACGGGAGCGAGGAGUGAUUGUUCGCAAAGAUGAUGGAGUCAUGUUUUACUGGGAUACCGAAGAGAGUCGGACCAGUUGAGGUGGAGGACAUCAAAAGAAACCUGCUGGGUGAAUUGGAGGCUGUGGAACCACAGACGGAGAACCUGCAUGUGUACCUUAGAGUUCGGCCCUUUACUGCAACUGAAAGCGACAGCGGAGAGUCCCAGGACUGUGUGACCAUUGAGGGUUCCAACUCUGUGGUCCUCAGAGCUCCCAGGUUCUGUCAGCCGAAUCGGCAGGGCGACAAGUCUCUCCCUCAGACUGCUCAGCGGUUCACCUUCACACAGGUGUUUGGCCCCGAAGCCAGUCAGAGGACUGUGUUUGAAGGUUCAAUUCGUGGUUUGGUCCAGGAUGCUCUGCAGGGAGGAAACUGUCUGGUGUUCACUUACGGAGUCACCAAUGCUGGAAAAACCUUCACCUUCCUCGGGCCAGACCACAACUCCGGGCUGCUUCCCAGGUCUCUAGCAGUCAUCUUUAACAGCAUAAAGGGACAUCUGUACAGCCGCAGUGAUCUGAAGCCUCAGCGGUGCAGAGACUUCAGCAGACUUACCCCCGAUCAGCAGGCAGCAGAGAUCAGCAACAAGAAGAACCUUCUGAGGCUGCUGAAAGAGAGCGACAAGAGUCUGACGACUGGGAAAUCAGCUUCACUUGAAGGCUCCUCCGUCAGCAGCGAUGGUAGCAUGAGCAGCGUUGCUGAGGCAGACAACUUCUGUCUGGACAUUCCAUCAACUGUUUGCUUCUCUGUUUGGGUCUCAUUCUGUGAAAUCUACAAUGAGAACAUCCACGAUCUACUGGAACAGGUUCCCAGCGGACAACACAAGAGGACGGUGCUGCGUCUGUCCCAGGACGUUAAAGGGAACUCCUUCAUAAAAGACCUGCGUUGGAUCCAGGUGAACAGCUCAGAGGAGGCAUACAAAGUAAUGAAGAUCGGGAAGAGGAACCAGAGUCUAUCUUCUACCAGACUGAACCAUCUGUCUAGCAGAAGCCACAGCAUCUUCUCCAUCAGGAUCCUCCGGAUUGAUGAUGUUGGAGUUCCCAGAGUCCUCGGCAUCAGCGAGCUGGCUCUUUGUGACCUGGCUGGUUCGGAACGCUGUUCUCGCACCCACAACACUGGAGAGCGCCUAAAAGAGGCGGGAAACAUCAACAGCUCCCUGCUGACGCUGGGGAAGUGCAUCAACGCCAUGAAGCUCAACCAGAACGCCAAGUUACAGCAUCACGUUCCCUUCAGGGAGUCCAAACUCACCCACUUCCUACAGUUCUUCUUCUGUGUUUCUGGCCGCGUGUCCAUGGUGGUCAACAUAAACCAGAACACCUCCUGUUUUGACGAGACGCUCAACGUCCUCAAGUUCUCCGCCAUGGCUCAGAAGAGAAGGGAGGGAUAG